AUGCGUCAACUGACCUCUGCUUGCGCAAUCUGCUCUCAGACAGUUCACAGACAGAUCCCUCUGUUCUGUCCAGGUGCACAUGCUCGGCUGGAAGGUGUCAACAAACCAGAAUUGUUGCCGGACACCUUCACAACAGUCAUAGACGUAGCGGGCUUCCUGACUCCUGGCGAGGAGACCCGCAUAAUCAAAGAAGUGGAGUCCCUUGAGAGUGACACAGGGGUGAAGCUGCGGGUGCUUGCCCAGAACUACCCCACAACUCCGGGCCUGGCAGUGCGAGACUACUGGAAGGUGGAUGAGGACACCGUUGUGUUUGUGGCAGACCCAUCUCUGGGCGGCAACAUUCUCAACUUCAACGUUGGCGCCAACAUAGAUCUGCGCAUCCCCCGGGCAAGAUGUAACUUCUGGACGCGGCUGAGCUCAAAGUACGGCACCAAGUACUACUGGCAGGAGCGCGGAGAAGGGAGCGCCAUCGUGAAUGCUGUGAGUGCCAUUGACACCUGUGCGCGCGAGCCUCUGGGAAGGCUCCAAUGCUCAAAGAUCCAGGGGGAGCUGGGUGAAGAGCCCUCUGCCGGGCCUCUUGAGAAGAUGUUCUUGGGCGGGUGA